AUGUUAAAAAUAAGUAUUGAAAUAGAAUCAAAAAUUGUUGUAUUUCGACCAGUUAUAAAAGCAUUAAUUAUACGAUGUACCCAAGAACCAAAUAAUAUUAUUAAUCGUUUCAAAUCAUUUGAACAAUUAUGUAAUGUAAUUCGUCUGUUAAUUGAUCAACAACUUGAACAUGUUCUAUGUGAACAAAUUUCCAAAUAUAAUAAAAGAGAAUAA